AUCAUAACAUUAUUGGAUCUAGUGCAGUGCAAAACUAAUUACUAGCUUGACCGUAGCUACCCAAGAAAAUGGCUUCACAUCUUCUGGUUGCUUCAAUUGUUGUCCUAGCUCUUCUCGAAGUUUGUCAUGCUGGAGGCUAUGGAGGAGGAGGACAUAAAAAAGUGAUUAUCCACGUGCCAUUCAAAGUUAAGCACAUCCACCACACCCGCACCGUCGUCAAGCACGUCGGCCACGAAGGAGGCGGCGACAAGGAGUACUACAAAGUCAUCGGUUACUCCGGAGGAAUCGACGACGGAGAGGUAGUUUCCCAUGGAGGCGGCGGACACGGAGGUGGAUGGGAAGGCGGUUUUGGCGGAGGCAUCGGAGGCGGCCAUGGAAUCGAAAUCGGUCACUCAGUUUCAGGAGGUGGUGGUGGAUAUGAAGGGGGCAUUGGAGGUGGACACGGAGCAUCGCUAGAGAGUCAUGGGGGAGAUCAAGGGAGCUCAGGUCUGGGUCAUUACGAGGAAGGUCACAGCUUUGGCGGUGGUGACGGAGGAUACGGAGGAGGUUAUGGAGGAGGUUAUGGAGGAGGUUAUGGAGGUGGUGAUGGUGGCUAUGGAGGUCACGGCUUCGAGCAAAACGCGAUAUCACAUGAAGGAGGAGGUCAUGAUUUUGGCGGUGGUUAUGGAGGAAGCUAUGAAAGCCAUGGAGGAGAUGAAGGUCACGGUGGCUACCAUUGAGUGCAGCUCUUUCUGAAUAAACUUAUCGCUACCUGUACAUUAUUUUCUACAAAUGACCAAACUAGUCCUUUUUUGUUGUUAAUUUAGUGUGUAAGUUGGAUGUUUCCUUAUUGUUGAUGUCUUUUUUACUUUUAUAAUAAAACCACUUUAUUUAUAUUCAA